AUGUCCAAAAGAUAUGCUAAUUAUGGUUUAAGCAAAAAAAACAGUUAUCAUACUAAUCGUUCUUUUGGCAAUCAGAAAAGAAGCCGCUUUAAUAACAACACAUAUCAAACCUUUUUACCGAUAUUUGAACCAUCAGGGCUUUUAGCACUGGAGUCUCAUAAUAAGCAAGGCAUUCAACUUAAACAUAUUGAACCUCCGGACUCAGUUUCACCACUUGAUUAUUACAAUUCGAGAAAUAUAUCUCUCCGAAAAAGGACGCGCUUUGAGGCCAUACUAUAUAAGAAAACUCGAUCUCAAAAUACUGAUAGAAAUGAUGAUAUAGUUAAGACUUGGAAUCUUUUAGAAAAAGCCAGUUAUAUUAUAGGACGGCAGUUGGGACAUUCUUUAAGGAAGAAUGUAAAUGAGGAUCUGGAAAAAGCAGAAGACUCAGAUUCGGAAGCUAAAGAGGUAGUAGUGGCAGAUAUUGGACUUCCUGAGGAAGCCAUAUCGAAACAGCAUGCAGUGAUCCAGUUCAGGGAAAAGGAUAACCAUUUGGUGCCAUAUGUUAUGGAUCUUAAUUCUUCUAAUGGUACUCUACUUAAUGGCACCGUUCUUCCUUCGGCAAGAUAUAUUCAGCUGUGGGGCGGUGAUGUUCUUGAAUUUAGUGAGAAUGAAACUUACACCGAUUACGAGUUGGUAUUUGUGGCUGUGUAG